AUGUGUUUUAUUUGUACUAUACUUUGGUAAAUCCAUGUCCAUACUGGGAAUCCAUUCCGGGUUUUAGCCGGUAUCCAAACCGUCAGCGUGUGUUGCUCCGGGAGGAGAGGCGGGUAAAGAUGUAAACAUUGAUCCAUCCUGGAGGGUUAGGGUUCUGUAGCUUUGUAGACUCUAUUGUUUUACCAUUUUAUCAGAAGUAACUCCACGAGGUUAACCAUUUACCUCCCUUUGUGCCUUCUUUUUUUUUACUUUAGCAGGAGUCAAAACGCUGAAGUUUACCAGAACAACCUAUGCUAAUCUGUAAGCUAGUGCUUUAGCUAGCAGGCUAAACUCUGGAAAGCGUUUUAUUGUCUCUUCUCUCUUUACUGUAACGUUGAUACACAACUUAUCCUGAUGCAACCUGAUGGAGGACUACGACACGUUUGUACAGCAUCACCUGUCUUCCCUGAAAAGGAGAGAAGAGGAACACAACAAACCAACACCUUCAUCCUCUCUCAUCUGCUUCUAUGGACGACCCAUCCUUCCUCCCCUGCUCUCAGGGGGACAGAGAGAGGAGAUGCAGGGACUCAGAGACAGGGCGCAGAAAGCUGCUGUUCACAGAAAGUUAAAGGAAGAUUCAAGAAUGGCAUUCGUGCAAACUAUUCUGCACAGUGUUCAGCUAAGGAAGACGCCAACCCUGGAGGAGUUGCUUAAAGAGACACAGAUCAACCCAGAACACCAUAACAGCCCCAGAAGAUCGCUGACCAAUGGCAGCUCUUUCAGGGGAACAAAAGAUGACCCUCUGCUCUCACCAGCACCUAACAGACCUGCAGAGGAUGGUGUUUCUCCCCCUCCAUUCUCAUCAACAACAUACAGUGCCUUUCUUGCCUCUAAUGUGACACCUCAGCAGGAGGACUGCCUUCUGGAUCCACAUCCCAGCCAACAUGGAUCACAGCCAAGUCCCUUUAACGGUGUUAGCCACCAGUCCUCAGGUUAUGAGACCUACAACAAUGUUGAAAACACUCUCAGUGUCUCUGGAGGUCUUGAUGCAGGUUUGAACUUCGUCUCAUCAAAGGGAGCUCACAGCUUCGGUGCCUUUUUUCUUCACAACACCUCAAACACAGUGGCCAAAAUGCCGGAUAUUAUCAGCUACCCUCCGAUUGACGGAGAGGAGCUGGAGCGGAGUGGAAUGGAGUCUUCUUUCUAUGAUGACUUUGUGGAUGUAAAGGAUGUUUGUUGCUCUGAACUCCAGGAAGAUUCAGCCGUAUGUGACAGUUUACGAGGAGAGAACUCUGAAAGCAGUCAUGACAGCAGCACAGAGGGGGAAGCAAAUCUUUCUGUUACUACAGUUCUUGACCCUGACAAAUAUGAAACAUCAGACAGAACAGUGGGCCAUAUAUCUUUAUCAGACAACACAGACUUUUCAGACAAUCCAGAGUCAUCACAGACAGUUAACGUCCUUCACUGUUCAACACCAGAGCUGCACAUUCAGCAGGACCUCACAGAAGCAGAGCAAACAGACGACCAUGAAGAUGAAGACAUGCCUUAUCGUCUGAGCCUCCAGGCGCUGCUGAAGAAAUCCCAGGAGUAUCGGCGGCGCCAGCGAAUGCUUAGGAACCAAGCCAAAAACAGUAAAAUCCAAGAGAGGACCCAAGAACAGCCAAGAGUGAGAGCGGAGGAGCCAAGCCUCUCCGAUAAGGAGAACGACGAGUUCCUUCACAAGGGCAGUCUGACUGCAGAGGGGAAGACGACUAAAGAAAUGAGAGGCACGUUUAUCCCAUCAGUGCAAACGUCGCCAAAGAAAUCCUGGGACAGCGAGAGGAUGAUUGAGAGCGAGCUUUUUGGGGAGAACUUUAAAAUUAAAAACACAUCUUUAACAGGAGAGGAGAAUACAAAGCAAAUGACUGGUGAUGAUGGAGAAAUAACCUUAAGAAAUAAUAAGCUAAACAUCUCACAAGAAGUCAUGACACAGCAGAAAAUGAUCAGUGCCUUCACGCAGGAGCACCCAAAGUCCACAGAAGCUGAGAUCUUACUGAAGACAAGCCCUAAAGAUGUUCAUAAAGGAGAAGGGAAGUAUCAAACCAUCCCCGCCCUGAGUUUCUGCAGGAGUCCUGUACGCUGCAAAAGCAAAAACAGUAUCCACAAUGAAGAUGCUGUUGAUGGGACAGGGAGCUCAGAAGGUGUAACCAAUCCUGGUUUGGAGAAGGAAAUCAGUCCCAGAGCCGUCUCCUCCAAAGUGACUCCUGUGGAUGAACGUGAUCUAAGAGGUGUUUCAGUCAAGAGCUCACAGCACAUAGAUCAGCUCGAGACAAAUCUGUCCGGUCUGAAAAUCCUAAUCUCAGAUCUGGAGUCCACAUUGACAGAAAACUUCAGGAACCAGAGUCAGACUGAGAGUAGACUGAUGCAAAGUGAUGAUGAAGAAAGAAGUAAUGAUGUGGAUGUAGACCAAAGGGAGCCGCUGGGGAGACGGUCUUCAGACAAUGUGAAGAGCACGUUUGAAGAUUCAGGGUCUGCCCGGAGCAUCAGAGACAAAGAUGAGUUUCCUGUCACAGAGCAGGAAAACCGAACUGGGGAAGUUAACUUACGUGAGCUCAGGCUUGUGAAAACUUUAGUUACAGAGAGAGGAAAGGAGAAAAGUUGUUGUAACGACGGACUCUCAAAGAGCCAUGGACAUGGUGGUCUCAGAAAGCAGCAGCCAGCAGCUAAAUGUCUCCUCUCUGCAGCACAGCGCCAAAGGAUUCCUGACAUGUUCAGAAGAACUGCCUCUGAAGCCGCGGCUCCUCCUAACACCUCCGUGCUGUCGGACACCAGUAACCAUCCUGUGGACAAGAGGACUGAGGCUGCUGAGGAGUCUCACAACUCAACACGCUCGCCGUCUCUCAACCAGUCGUACGACGUAGACGCUCCAUCCGGCCUGUGGCUGCUGGAGGGGUCAGGGCCGGACUCAGGCCUGAGAGGUGGUCUUGUUCAGGAGAAACAGCUGACCCCAGAGGGGGAGGGGGAGGCUGGGGUGUCCAGGGUCAAACGCAGGCUGCUCAUGCACAUGUCAGAGGAGACACCACAGAGGAAUGCCGGCUCUGUGGUCAGGCCAAACUCCAGCACGCCUCGAGCUGCGGAGGGAUGGAACGAAGGCCAAGGCAGUCUCAAAGAAAGACAGGAACAACUGCAACAGGCCCACGCUGCUCAGGUCAGAGCCCUGCAGGACGAGCACAGGAGACAGCAGGAGGAACUACUGCAGGCGUUGGCCGCGCGUUUCCGCCUCCUUCAGAGCGUGUCCUUCCCCUGCUCCAUGUCCGGCUCACGUCUUGGGGACACGCUGACCUUUGCGAGCCUCUCUCAGCCCUGCAGCACGCUCUCGGAGCACUGCCGCCCCCUGCUGUCUGCGGCUGUGAAAGGUUUCCUGACUCGCAGGCUGCUGAAGACGGAGAGAGUGGCACAGCUGGUGCGGACUGUCAGGGACACACGGCAGCUCUUGCAGGCCCUUCAGCAGCAGAGUGCCGGCACAGGAGAGUUCAGCAGCAGACAGGACCUUUUGUUGCAGGAGAGAGUCACUCUGCAGCUGCGCGCGGCACGUUACGAGGUCAACGACAUAUUCUUCAGCCUGUCAGCCGGAGAGAGGAUGCAGCUGAUCAGCUGGGACCGGGAGCUCGCCCGGGAGAGGGAGCUCAGAGACAGAGCGGGGACACAGGCCAUCCCAGAGGAAGGAGUUCGUUGUCGGACUGCAACACAAAAGUCACUGGAGAGGAAGAGAGGGGUGAUGAUGCAAAAAAAGGCAGCAGGAAGACUUCACGGAGCUGUGACAGGGACUGGACACAGCGCUGGGUCCUCUCCCGAGCAGCCACUGGAAACCAAACGAGGACAGUUCAGAGCAAACCCUCAGAGGGUCCCCAAGAGCACUAACUCCUCCAGACCACGAUGACACUCCUCUAAUUGGCCCCAGUGAGCACCUUUAGAAAAGCCGCUAGCCAUUACAUGAAUGUUGCAUUGCUAAGUGUUACAAGAUUUGACACUAAGAAAGACCUGCUGGUUGUGUGCUGUGAUUUUUUAUCCUACUUUGCAACUAGAAUGUAAUAUAAUUGCAGCAGAGUCUCUCUCUCUCAGACGUUUUAGAGGAAGGGAAGGAGGAAGGAAGGGGUAAGACAACACCACAGCCGCUGUUAGAAACAAAACUCAUCUUCAGUGUGGUAAUGCUGCAGAUGGAAGUAAUCAAACUCUGGGUGCUAAACAUGAGAGGUGCUGUUGUACGACUGCAUAUGACAUGGUAGGACAUGUCUCAGGAGGAAUGCACGUUAUCAUGAUGAACACAAAUGAAGGGCUUGUUUUAUUUUUGAUAUUUGGAAAGCAUUGUUGCUCAACCCAGGCGUCUGAAGAUAGAUCUUUUAAUAUAAUUAUUAUUAUUAUAUAUUAUUAUUAUUAUUGUUAUUAUUAUAUUAUUAUUAUUAUUAUUAUUAUUAUUAAACCUAUUUACAUAUCUCUUAUACGCACAGCACACAAGUCUUUGGCUCGUUUACCUCUCUUAAAACUCUUGACAUGCAACCCCUGAGUGUGGGUAUAAAUAGAACUUUAGAUUGUUAUAAAGGUUACAUGUUGCUUUAAAAACAUGCAAUGAGUCUUAUGGACAACACAAGGAAACUAAAUGCCUAACUUACUGCAGCUCAGGCUAAAUGUGUAAUUGCUCCUGUGCUUAUGCUGCCUUUCGUAGAUCAAAUGUUAUCACUGAAAUGUUUGUACACCAGACAAUCUGUUGAGUUGAAGUUGCACUGAAAGGAUUAUUUUAAAAGAAGAGCAGCAGAGUUGUUCAGAUACAGCUUCAAACGUUGAUGUUAAUUGAGCUGUGUUACUCCCAAAUUUGGCCUUAAGUGUUUUUUCUAGAUUGUUUGAAUAAUCAGCCAAACACAUGUAGAGCUUUGUAUUUUUGUAUUGACUCUGGGCCUGUUUUGUAUGUUAUUUAUUUGUAUGUGGUUUGUAAUAAAGUUUUUUGAAACUUCACA